AUGACCGUCGUUCCAUCCUCACCUCAGAGCCCAAUUUCAGGUGGUCCGCUACCUCAAUACGGGUAUGGCUCUGAUCAUACCUUUGAUCGCCUUAUCCAGGACAACCCCUUCUUGUUUCGGGUAUAUACUCCGAAGCAACGCUCCCCAUUCUUUGAUGCUACUGAGCCAUACUUUGUUGGCCAGAAGUACAAUGAGCAAUAUAGAGAGGCCGCAGAACGGCUUAGACAGCCAUUUACAGGCAAGUCAGUAGCUUCAACGAGCAGUUAUGCGGAUGUUGCCCAGCACAUGGACUGGACGCAGAGACACAUGUCCCCUUACAUCUCGACUACGUUCAGCUUUGCCUGGGCUAUUUGGGAGGCUACCCGCAGCUCGCCGGUCGAGCUGCGACCCGCCCUGGAGCUACUAAGAAAGGGCACACCCAAUGAAAGGCAUCUGGACUACUGGAAGUGGUACAGAUUCGCAUUGGAGUCGCAAGACGUCCUUGUUCAUGGAUCUAUCCCCAGUUCGGCUGUUCUAGCCUCAGUCCCCCUUCUAAACAUCAUCGACAAACUCCCGUCAUACUUCCUCCGCCAAGAUACCAUUGUCGAUAAGCGGUCGUCUUUAUCGCAGUUUAAUAUCUUAUCAUGGGAUACCAUGGAUCGCAAGCCUAGUUUCCGCCAGUUCUGCCAAGAUAUGUCGGAUCAGUUCUUGCAGCUUUCGACUGAGCAUCGUCUUCGCGAUGCAACUGGAAGCUCCGUUCGCUUGGCAAUGACAUUUCUGCGUCCCUGGUUCCACAGUGUUGUCGUGGACGAUUUCACUGAAGCGACCGAGACAGUCUGCAGCCUUGCCUUCAUAAUUGCGCAAUGGCCAGCUCAGUGGUGGUCACGAGACCACGUCGAGAUGUGGGAUGUCAUUCGCUCCCUCGUCCAAUCUGUUGGCGAGGAAGUUCGAGAGAAGCAGAGAGGGAUAGCGGUUGAAGAGGUUCGGAGAUUGCAAGGGGUGGUCUCCAACCUUGAACGUGUUGUGCAGGACUACGAAGAGGCCGAAGUUGCUUCAUCAAUUGAUUCCACGAACGACAUGAUGGAAGCCGAGGUCGAAGGAUCUGUUAUUAUGCCCCCCUCCCCCCCAGCGUCUAUCCUCGAAUGGUCGGCGGACGAAGAUACUCUUAUAUUAGCGCUCCCAACAGCUACUGCCCCACUAGCUGCAUCUCUUUCGCAGGCUACUCUGGUUGAUGUAGCCGCACCCGGUUCUGAGAGUCUGGGUAGCAAUCGGCCGAAGACACCUACCCUCAUUUUUGCCCCUACGAUUGUUGUUCACCAACAGCAGCGGUCCGCCACAGAGCGGACUCAGCCUACACCAGAACCGGAAUCUCCACAUGGAGAACUACGACGACACCCAAAGCGCCGACCGCAUUCGCUAGCCGAGACCGCAACCUGUAUCGUCACAGGGCUACUUGUCGGCGCUUUCAUAACUCUCUGUGUAGUCAACUCUCAAAGACGUACCCUCAUCUAUGUUACGUAGGGCCCUGGGCCAGACCGACGAGAUGGGAAUAGCGCAGCGGAGAAGUGUUGUAAGAUGACCCGUGCAGUAAUACUAAAAGAAGAUUGUAUCGUUACAGUAUAACCUAUUGGAUAUCUAUGUGUCGUAGUUCGAUUUCUAUCAGAAACCGAAGCAUCCUAAUAUGAUCAAUAAACUCGAUCUAUAUGCAGUAGUCUUUCUGAUGUGCGUGGUGGCGAAUACUCUCGUUAUAGCCCAACCCACGUUCUGUAUUUUGCCACGUCUCCUGCAUGACGUUCCACAACAGCCUGCACUUCGUCUCCCCAGACAGCUCUCGGGUUUUUUCUUGAAUGUGCUUCCUCCGUCUGCGGUGUCAAACACUCUCUAACGUGCUUCGCUGCCUCCGUGGAUUCGAAGACCACACAGUU